AUGUGCGACCUGCACCCCAACUGUGCGUCGGUCUCGAUGCUGGAGCAGGCGAACGUGGCGCCGAGGAGCCGAGCACGGCCCUGCCGCCCGGCCUCAUGGCGCUCAGCCACGACGAGUACGCCAAAACGGUGCGCCCAGUGGCCCGAUCGAGAGCGCUACUACGACGUCAGCGACACGCCCAUCUCCAUGGGACAGUGGGCGAGUGUGUUCCGAUGCCGACUGCGCAGCACGGGCGCCCAGUUUGCCGCCAAGUUCUGCAACAAGCUGCGCAUGGGCCUGUACGCGCAUCAGGAGAUCCUGCACGAGGUGGCGGCGCUACGCCAGUGUCGCCGCUGCCCGCGCUUUGUGCAGCUGUACGAGGUGUUCGAGACCGAUGACCAGUACAUCCUCGUCAUGGAGCUCGGUAGUGGAGGUGAUCUGCAGGCCAUCCUGGACGACAACCAAGUGCCGUACGAGAGUGACGUGAUUCGCUUCAUGCGCAACCUGCUGGAGGGACUCGUCUUCAUCCACGAGAGGAAUGUUGCCCAUCUGGAUAUCAAGCCGCAGAACCUGGUGCUGACCGGCGAGUUCCCCGACUGUGAUAUCAAGCUCUGCGACCUGGAGAUAUCGCGCGUCAUCAGCGCCGACACAGAGGUCCGCGAGAUGCUCGGCACACCCGACUACGUCG